AUUUCGUUGUAUCGAACAUUUAGACACAAUUGUAUAAGUUUCUUCCCUAGGUAAGGUUAUUAAAAACCUACGAAAAUAAUACUAUUUGGCGUUGAAAAUAUAAUUUUAAUAGUUAAAAAAAUUAAAAAUGUCGGCCACGGACCAAAUGAGGGCAAUGCUCGAUCAAUUAAUGGGCACAACUCGCAAUGGAGAUGAUGAACGCGGAGUUAAAUUUUCUGAUGCUCGUGUGUGUAAAAGUUUUCUACUUGACUGUUGUCCUCAUGAUGUACUCGCUUCAACUCGCAUGGAUCUAGGAGAGUGCCCAAAAGUUCACGAUCUGGCAUUCAGAGCUGAUUAUCAGAGUGCUGCGAAGUCUCAUGACUUUUAUUAUGAUAUAGAAGCUAUGGAACAUUUGCAGGCUUUCAUUGCUGAUUGUGACCGUCGUACAGAGUCUGCAAAGCAGCGUCUAAAGGAAACACAGGAGGAACUAACAGCCGAGGUGGCUGAAAAAGCAAAUGCAGUACAUGCAUUGGCAGAAGAAAUCGGCAAAAAAUUAGCUAAGGCCGAGGCACUCGGUGAAGCAGGAGAAGUUGAAGAAAGUAUGUCUUUAAUGAAGGAAAUAGAUGAAUUGCGAUCUAAGAAAAUUAAAGCAGAGCACGAAUAUCGCACAUCAAUGCCGGCUUCGACCUAUCAACAACAAAAGUUGCGUGUAUGUGAGGUAUGUUCUGCAUAUUUAGGUAUCCAUGAUAACGACAUACGACUGGCUGACCACUUCGGUGGUAAAUUGCACUUGGGUUUCCUUACUAUACGUGAGAAAUUGGCGGAGCUAGAAAAAACGGCAGGUCCACGUAAAGCAGAUCUUAAGCGCAGUGGAAAAAUAGAUGAACGCAAUGACGACAGACAGAGGUCUCGAUUUUUUGUUGGUGGUCGAGAGCUAGAUCGGCGUUCACGCGUACACCGGUCCAGAUCUAGAGAUCGCACCCGUCGCAAUGAACGUGGAGGUGCAAGUAGUUCUGAUGGUAGAUCUGAGCGACGAUCUGAAAAGGAUAAAGAAAGGGAAAAAGAUCGUGACCGACGUGAUCGUGGAGAUCGAGGGGAUCGUGGAGAUCGAGGGGAUCGAGGAGAUCGAGGAGAUCGUGGAAGCGCAGUUUCGCCUAUCAGAGAAGAAAGAAAACGAUCAAGAUCUCGCUCCCGUGCACAGAAGUACAGUUCUCGCCGAAGGUCUCAGUCACGUGAGCGGCAUCGUCGUUAAAAGUGAAGAAGUUGAAAAAAUGGAAUUUUCUCCGUUGCAUUCAAUAACACUUUAUUCGACCCCAACUACAUACAUACAUAUGAUUUUAGUGUGUACAUGACGAUUCCGGUAGCACAAACAUUUCAUAUACCUACCACCAUUGUUCAGGUUUUGGUAAACUAGUGACUGACCAGAUUUGUAAGCUGAAUGGACUAUUUCAGAACAAGGUGUUACGAAAGCGCAUGGUUUUAAGAUUUCAAAACAUAUCCUUCACAAAAGAUUCUAAUUAAAAAAGAUUUGCUUUGGCACAUAUUUUUAAUGCAUUGUCAGCGGCUACCCAAUUGCAUUUAAACCAAAUUCAACAUAGUAUCCACUUUCCAGGGAAUUUGGGUAUGUAUUUGAAGUAAAACAGUUAUUUGAAGAUAACUGAGUUUUUUUUGUAGCCCCCAUCUUUGAAAAAUAUUUGUGGUUGGGAAUUGAGUUGCCUGGCUUAUUGCUAUAAAUUUUUUUCCACGAAUGGAUAAUGUAAAUCAUAAAAAUUACGAUUGGCCCUGGUAUGUAUUUAAGUAUGUAUGUACAUAUGUUCUAUCUCUAUUCAAGUAUAAGUCGAACCUUUUGAAUUAUCCAUAUUAAUUCGAAAUCUAUUACUAAUUGAAAGUGAGGAAAGUAUUGUUGAAACCUUCAAUUGGUGCAGAUAUAACAAAUGUAGCUAAAGACAAAUGCCAGCUAAUUACAUAGAUAUUCAACUUUCAUAUCGUGGUCAUCUAUGCAAAAGACUUUAUGUGCGUUUUUUAAUAUUCAGACAGUUUGCUUUGAGAUACACUUCUGCCCAAAAACUCAAAUAGUCAUCCUAAAAAAAUACGAGAUUUAUUACCAGCUGUGAAAGCAUUUCCAACGUUAAUUGAAUAAGUAUUUUGCUUCUCCAAAAUAUCGAAUUGCAAAUUAGAGUCUUUUGCAUUAAUGACGACAGCAUGUGUCUGAUGUACUUUUUUCCAAUAAUUAGUAAUGGCUAGGUGAGUAUCCGCCAUAGCUGAUUGUGGUUACCCAUGACGUACCGGCAUGUUGCCCAAUACGGACAUAAAACAUCUGAAUGAGAGAAGAACUUUCCUUAAUAGCGGUCGCUGAUUUGUCAAACCUCUGACUGACUGCCUUUCUGCAUAAUACUGUAGAGUCGUGAAUUCACAGAAAAUCAAGGUGCAAACCACCAAUUGGAGAAGAAGGCCGCUAUAGGAUCUGUCUAAGCAUGUGCUAAAUUAUACAUAGUUACUAGAUGAGCUUUGCAACUAAAAGCCAAAAGAUAGCGGCUGUCAAUCUAAAAAUACUACCUAGUUUGUUUGUAUGUGUAUAUAUCUUUAUGUAUGAUUUGUAUGUAUAUUACAAUUGGAAACCAACCUACAGAAAAAAACUUAUAAUAAUUCUAAUAAAAUUAUUUAUUCGGUACAUACUGUACCAUAAGCGUA